ACACCUUCUAAACCUGUGCAGAGUGUGAAAGUCCACUGCCAGUGAGGACAGACUGAUCUGAGACAUGCACAUGGACUGCUAACCAUGUAUCUUGGGAACUUUAAUCAGUAAUUGGGCUUUAGGCUCCAGUUUCCAGCAACCUUGUAACGGAAAAAAAUGAAUUCACAAAGCGGAUUGAGUGGAUGGAUAAACAUGAUGGGCAGCAUAUUAAUAAUUCUUGCAGGAUUCAAAUUGUUUGUACUGGCUGUGCACGGAUCCCAGGAGUUUAACUAUUAUUAUGUAAAUGAAAUGACGAACUGGACAAAUGCACAGGCUUACUGCCGGAGUAACUUCACUGACUUGGUGACUAUUGCAGAUCAGAAAGAACUUAAGGAAAUUCUGGACAAUCUUACAAGAGAAAAUUACUCUGAUGCAGAAAUCUGGAUUGGGCUAAAAGAUAUAAAUAUGACCAAUGGAACAUGGAGCAACGGUGAAACAUUCACCUAUCGAAACUGGAAUAAAGGGGACCCAAACAAUAAUUUUGUAUCUUGUGGCUGCAUGUACUACCACAGAAAUGAAACAAACCACAAUGGCACCUGGAAUGACUGUGGCUGUCGACACAGUCAGACUUUCAUCUGCUAUGCAGUGAAAAGGAAGUUCCAUGCUGUGAACAACCCAAUGACUUGGGUCUCAGCUUUUCAGUACUGCAAUUCUAAUUACAAUGGCAUGGCCACCAUCCGAAGUGGAAGAGAAGAGUGGUAUUUGCUGAAGUACCUCAAUGAAACCCAAAUAUGGGAGAAAGUGUGGAUUGGAAUGAGGAGCUCCAUGAUCUUUGGACACUGGUUCUGGAUGAAUGAUGACCCGGUCACUUACCAAAACUGGAUAAAUGACUCCUCAAAGGUCUCUCAAAACACUUGUUUCUGUACCAGCCUGGAUCUGAAUCAGAAGAAGUGGGCCAGGCAGGACUGUGCAGAACGAGCCCCAUUUGUCUGCUAUACGGACAACUAGCAUGGCCAACAUUGAUUCCAUCCUCUCAGAUGGCUAUAAGAUGGGAGGACAGAUCAUCCACGAGACUGAUCAGCUCUGUAGGACACUUGACGCUCUUCUGAGAACUGGCAAUGCAAGAUAUAUUUAACAGCUUUGCUUUUAAAAUGUUCAAGGAUUUCCAGCUGUCUUUUGAAUAAAAAAGAAUUUACAUUCACUUACGAAAGCCAUUUGUACCACUCAAGCAUUUGUCUAAACUCUUAAUGAAAUGGCAAAUAAGUAAUUUAGAUCAAGAGGGCCUUUUAAAUGAAGCUUCUGUUUUUAGCAACAUUGGCAAUGUUGUAUUUGGUCUUUUGCCAGAGACAUCUAAUUAGAUCAGUUGUUUUAUCAAAGGUUUACUUGUCUGUUUGCAGCAAUGACAUAUGAAACACAGGACCUCUCUUUAUAAGGUAGUUUGCAGGACAGUAAAUGGCAGGAGGUCAGCA